AUGGAGGAGUGGGAGUAUUUAGAAGGACACAAGGAUCUCUACAAGGACGUCAUGAUGGACAAUCAGCCGCCCCUCACAUCACCGGAUGGAUCCAGUCAUGGGACCCCCACCAGAGAGAUGUCCCCGUCCUCUGUAUUCCCGGGAUUCCACACAGGAAGGUCACACCAUCCCUCACCAUCAUCAGAGUGGAAACCUGAGAGAUCCUAAAGUUGGUUAAAGAAGAGAUAAAAGAGGAGGAGGAUGAGGAUGGGGGGAUGGAGGAGUCAGAGCUUCUAAAAAAACACAAAGAUGUGUACCAGGACACCAUGGUGGAGUCAUCCAGCUACAGGAACCCACCAGAGAGAUGUCCCCGUCCUCUGUAUUCCCGGGAUUCCACACAGGAAGGUCACACCAUCCCUCACCACCAUCAGAGUGGAAUCCUCGGGGAUGAUAAUAUUGAUGUUAAAGAAGAGUAUAAAGAGGAGGAUGAGGAGUAUGGAGUGAUGGAGGAGUUUUCAGAAGGACACAAGGAUAUGAUGGAGCCACCUAAUACCAGGAACCCACCAGAGAGAUGUCCCCCGUCCUCUGUAUUCCCGGGAUUCCACACAGGAAGGUCACACCAUCCCUCACCACCAUCAGGUAGAUGAUGACAAUUAUUGAGAGAUGUCCCCGUCCUCUGUAUUCCCGGGAUUCCACACAGGAAGGUCACACCAUCCCUCACUAUUACAAGGUUGGUGGGAUGGAGAAUCUAGAACAUGGACUUGUAGAGACUAUGGGCUCCAAUCACAAAGCGGUAUCUUCCCGUAUCCCAGUAUGUAGUAAGAU